AAAAAUAUCAUUGUACUCCCAAUAUAGAUUUACCAGAAGUAUAUUAUAGUUCUGAGUCAGUUGAUUUUGAAGAGCUGAUGAAUUUGACUGCUGAUGUCUUACAAGAGAUCACUCAUUAUCGACUGUUUGAUCAUAGUAGAUAUAUUGUUUAUGUUAAUCAAUGUUACGGAAUUUCUCAAGAUCCUGUAACGGGCAACUAUCUAAUGGUAAUGUACUACUUUGAAGGUGGAAACUUAAGACAAUAUUUAAAUGAUAAUCAUAAUCAAUUAUCUUUUGGAGAUAAACUUGGGCUGUUAUACACUAUGGCAAAUGGAUUAAGCAACAUUCAUUCUCAAGGACUAAUUCAUAGAGACUUUCAUCCGGGUAAUAUACUAAAUAGAUAUAGCGAAGAAUUGAGCUUUGAAAAUCUAGUAUCCAACAAAACAACACAAAGCAUCGGUUGUUAUAUUACUGAUUUGGGAUUAUGCAAGCCAAUUGAUGAAGCAAAUGAUGACAAAACAAUUUAUGGA